GUGGAACCGAACCUCCCUCCAAGCCUUAAGUAAUUUGCUUUGUGCAUUCUGUUUGGCUCGCUUCCUUUUUUCCUUUUGGUUUUCCCUUUCAUUGUUCCUUCGCUUUCAUCCAUUCUUUUUCUCUCUCAGUUUCUCAUAAUCCAAAACCGUUUGUUUCACAGAAAGACAAGGGAAAAAAUAAUAAAAAUAAACAAGAGACUCCGAUGUCACAAAUUUGACUUUUUGCUCAUUACCCAUCUUCACAAUUUUUCCAUCUUCGAUUUCUAAAAGCGCAUAAAAUUGUUGCCUCUAUAAAUUUGUCCUCAGUUUCUACCGCGCUUCUGGUAUUGAAAUUUUCUUAUUCUUUCUUUGCCCAUAUUCUUUUUUUUGAAUCAUAAACUCUAAAAGCCCUUUUCUUUUUCCCGGAAUUUAUUCCUCACUCGAAGUAUUUUGAAUUUCAUUUCCCUCCUUGGGUAUAAUAUAUCCCACAUUUAUUAUACAAGGAAUCUUUUUAACUUGUGCAAUUUUGCUUUCGCAAUUCACCACUGUUUUUUAUUGUUGGGACUGCAAUUCUUGAAUACCCAUUAGAGGUUUCUUGAAGUUUUUUUGGAACCGGGAUUUUGUGGGACUAGUUGGGACAAAUAUGAAAGGUGAGAGAAUGGCCAAGAGAGCGUCUUUUGGCAGCAUAAUGAGGAAGAAGCUGUCCGAUAUUACUAACUCGCAGGCCACGAAAACCACUACUCAUCAAGAGGAAAAGCCCCAGGAAAUUUACCAACCUGAUAAGGAUUAUGUUGACCAACUCAUCAGGGAAAGAAUCACUUUGAUGAAACUUCUCGCAGAAAGAAAUAAAAUCAUAGAAUUGAGUGGAGAGGAGUUGCAAAAAAUGAGAGCCAGUUUUCAGAAAUUGCAGCUUCAGAAUUGGAAUCUUGCUCAAUCAAAUAGCCAGAUGCUAGCUGAGCUUCAUUUAGGAAGAGAAAAGGUAAAAGCAUUGCAGCAUGAACUAUUGUGCAAAGAUGCUUUACUAAGAGCAAAGAAGUUGGAACUGGAGGGGAAAGCAGAAGUAAAUUGUCAUAAUAAGAUUGCUCGUCAGGCAGCUUUAGUUGCAGCUAGUACUGAUGACAAACCAUGUAGUCAGAACAGAAGGCGUACAACAAGAAGUCGAUCUAUGGGCUCUUCAAGCACUUGCCAAAAAGGAGAAGACAAAGACAAGGUUGAAAACAAAAGGCGCUGUUUGAGGAGGCAAUCUGCUAGAUUUAAAUCCCAUGAGAGGGAACCAGGAAACUUGUUUGAGAUAGAUGAUGUUAAAAUUUCUGCUACGGAGGCUCUUAGCAAUCCAACGUCUAAUGAAUGGUCCACUCCACUACAUGCCUCUGCUGUAAAAGAAGAGAAAGAAGAAGAAAUUGGUUGUGCCUCAUCAAGAAGUGAAUCAGGAGUAUCACAGAGAUCUUCAAUAGGAAGACCGUUGCGCAGAGCGGUGGAGAAGGUUCAGUCCUACAAGGAAGUCCCUCUCAAUGUUAAAAUGAGAAGAAAAGAGUGAACAAUAUCCAUAAUGUAUAUUUAUGCUAUCCUCCAUACUGUUUGUAUCACUGAAAUAUUUGUUAUUUGUAAGAUGUGGUAAUGUGAUGCCACGCUGUUGUGAUUAUUUUUCUAAUGCCUUUUCUAACUGACACAAGCAUUUCAUUCAAAUGAGAAAAAGCUUUGAUUAUAUCUUGUUUA